AUGAAAGUCGAUGAGAGGAAAAGUCCCUUACCUGAACCCUUGAGUUCAGGUAGUACCAGUCCUCGCAUAUUAAGACCUUUCAAGCCAAGAUCGUCCUCGAUAAAUUCUCAAACUUCCAACAAUUCCCAUAAUCGGUCACUUAGUAUAGCGUCCAUGGAGAGUCCACGAAACUCCAUAGUUUCAAUCGAUGAGUUCAGAUUACCCACCAGAAAUAACAGUACCACCAGUUUAAGUGAACUCAACAUCAAGCCCAAAGAUAAAGACAGACUUAUAAAUACACGGUUGAAGAAUAAUAUCAAUACCACGGUGCUAUUCAGUGAUGAAGAUUCUGAGACUGAAAGACCUGCUCGAAGACGAUCUAAAUCCAAUUCAUUCUUGAAGAAAGAUUUCAAAAUCAAAUUCAGUGAACAGUUGAAGAAGUCUAACUUAUCACCUAUCACGUUGCCAAGUUUGGAGUUCAAAGUACAAAAUCUGAGCCCAGAAUCCACCACAAGCCCCAAUCAGUCAAUCCCCAGUCCUCAGGCGACAUUUAGUCCCACCAAUUUCGAAACUCCUUCACCGUUGUCUUUGAACUUGGGAGAUUUACCUAAGAAAGUCAUCGAACAGAAUAGAGAGAACUUCAAACGGAAAUCUACUAAAGGUGGUUAUUCAUUGAAGAAGAAUUUAUUGUUCUCAAAAGAAGUACGGAUGGAGUUAACAGGAGAAGACUUUAAGCUGAAGUUUGUUAAAGAACCUAAGACAAGUUCCUCUUCAGAUAACGGUGAUUCUGGAGAUAACGGUGGAGAUAAGACUAUAAAGACGGACACUUCAGAGAAAGAAGAGAAGAAGGACACAGAUAAUGAGAAAGAGGAAAAGAAAGGACCUAUCUUAUCGACACUCCAACAACAGAACUUGAUCAACCAAAUGAAUAGGAAAUGGAGUAAAACUAAGUUUGUGGACUUUGAAAAACCCAAGUUGAAACGAAGGUACAGUUCAUCGGAUGAUGAUUUUUAA